GCUUGAAGUGAUGAAAAACGCUUCACUUGAGUUACACCUUGACAGUAUUCUACAACAUUCCUAGACAAUUCCUAACCACAUUCCUUUGAAAAAAUCUUUUUAAUUCUACUUUCAGUUAAUUUAUUGGAAUUUGGAUUAUUCCUGUUAUAAAUUUCGAAUUCAAUUACAAUUAGACUCGUAGCAGACACAUACAUAAAUUCUCCAGAUAGUAAGACAAUCGUCCAAACGCACAAUGGAGGAAUUAGAAGGUUCUAAUAUUAAUUUUGUACCAUGCAUUAAAUGGGUAAAACGUGGUGUGGCAAGAGCUAAUCCAGAAAAAGUAAAGCUAUCUAAGGAAGAAUUGCUUGAAAUUAUCAAAGACACCAAGAAGGGAUUUAAUGUUGCCAAAUCUGAGGAAAAUAAGAAUAGAGAGGGUGUUAUGAUGGGAGAAAGCAGUUCUGCUGCAGACGAAUUCAAUUUUGAUAACUAUGAUCAAAAUGACGACGACACUGCUGGAGUACUUGGAAUUGCCUCGUUGGCGGAUUUGCCUGUAGGAACUGAUACAACAACAGCAUUCUUGUUUGAGUCCGAUGACUCAGACCGUGAAGAUGAUGUAAUUAAACCAACUGACAAUUUGCUUCUGGUUGGUCAUGUGAUGGGAGAUGCCAGUGUAUUGGAAGUGCACGUGUACAACGAAUUAGAAGAAUCAUUUUACGUUCAUCAUGACAUCCUACUCAAUGCAUUUCCAUUGUGUUUGGAAUGGCUCAGUUUUGAAGCACAUAGACCUAAUGGCAAUUAUUGCGCUGUUGGUUCGAUGUCCCCCGUUAUUGAGGUUUGGGAUCUGGAUAUAAUGAAUUCUCCGCGCCCAGCGUAUAAACUCGGACAAAUUGCCAGCGUUAGGAAAAACCGAGCACAUAUAGGACACACUGAUGCUGUGCUUGCUUUAGCGUGGAACAGCAGCUUUCAACAUGUAUUGGCAAGUGGUUCAGUGGAUCACACGAUCCGCCUGUGGGAUUUGGACACUCGUCAACCAACUACAGUUAUAAAUUCAUUCGAAGAAAAAGUGCAAUGCUUGGACUGGCACAAGUUUGAAGGGCAAACCCUUUUAGCUGGCGGUUGUGACAAAACAGCGCGUGUCUUUGACUGUAGAACUCCAGAUCAACAUCAGACAUGGAAUUUACAGGGAGAGGCUGAAAGAUUAAUGUGGAACUCUUUACAGCCUUUCAUGUUUUUAGCUGGCACCAGUACGGGUUAUGUGGAGUGUUUUGAUUGUCGCAAAGGAAAAUUGUGGUCUUUCGAAGCGCAUACAAAAGAAGUUACAGGAUUAGAUAUUAGUAGUCAAUGUCCUGGCUUAUUAGUCACAGCCUCGACAGAAACAUUAAAAACAUGGGACUUUUCGGAUGAAAAUAUGCCCAAGUUGGUGAACGAACGAGAUUUUAAUAUUGGCAAUAUCCAAUGUUUGGAAUUGUGUCCAGACUCCCGAUUUACAGUUGCAAUGGGAGGCGAUAAAAAAGGAAAUUCCUUAAUGGUGUUUAAUAUGCUAAAUAUUGAUCCAGUUAAACACUCGUUUGGUUCAAGGGAAUUGGUUCGUUUGGAGCCCGAACAUAGGUAACACGUCUGCUAUUGAUAAUGACGAGUAAGAUCCAUUAAUGUACGUACUUUAAUUUCCUUAAUAAAUUGGACUACAAAUGA